AUGCUUAUUCAUCAUAUCAUCACCAUCGUCGUCAUCAUCAUCAGUAAAUCUCUUUCAUCUGCUUGGCGUCCGCAGCCAAUUCGGAUCUUACAGAUACGACCAUCGAGCGGCGAGCGUCAGCCAAAAUCUUCGACAAAGCCACGAUGUUACCAUCAGAAAUCCACCCCCGGCCCAGCGUCGAUGGAAAACUCCGUAGAACUGACCAGUGCCAGUUUGGAAACCAAUCAUAUGAUUUUUGAACAGCAGCAGGUUCAGAUGAAGCAGUCUCCCUCGGAAAUUUAUGUGGAAAGCCCUGCGGAAGAAACAGGGACCGAUGCCAUCCAAGACAGCAGCCCGGAAGCAAUAGCGGAGGAAGAGUUCUCUUUGGUUUCUCCGGGGAAGGAAUCUAGCAAGAAACCGGGUGACUGGUACCAACCAGGGCCAGUUGCUCACCAACUGAGACAAGCGGUUUGGUUAGCGACACAAGAAAUAACCGAUUUGGAUGGAUUUCACGUAUAUGUAGCACAAGAUUGCCCCGGAUACAUCCAGGAUAUUAUGGAAGAAUGUACGAUUACUAUGCACCAUCCGUGGCACCAUGGCAAAAGAAAAUACCGUCGAUUGCGCAUCAGAAGCUAUUGCCGGAUACUGGAAAGCGCAAUGCUUAGUUUGGAUAACUGUAUCGGUAUAAUCGGAGGUCGACCAAAAUAUUCACUUUAUUUUAUUGGAUAUCAAGAGGAUAAACUAAUCCAUUUGGAUCCGCACUACUGCCAGGACAACUUUGCAGCAGAGGAAGAGAAAAAGGUUCGAGUCGUUCGAGAUUUGCUUGUCGCACAACAGGCCUUGGACAUCUUGGACAAAAACAAUCUGACUGAGCUGAAAUCCUUCGGAUCACGACCAGAACAGGUGGUGAAAGUUUGCUCUGCUGUGUUGGUUCUAUUCUCACCGAUACGAAAAAUUCCCAAAAAUCAAAGCUGGAAGGCAUGUAAACUGAUGAUGAUGAUGGUGAUGAUGAUGAUGAUCAGCUAUGUCGGUUGCUUCACCAGACGGUACCGAAUCGAGUUGCAGGAGAAGAUGUGGAUCCCGACUUUCCGACAAGCUUUGCGGUGCAAAUGUACAUCAGUCGAUGUCUUUUUGAGAGGGACAAGUGGAUCUGCAUAG